AUGAAUGAAAAGACACAAUUAGUAGAAAUAGUAAAAUUAUCAACAUUAGCAAGUGCUGAAAGAGCAUCAAUCAAUUUCAAAUAUAAUAAUCUUGAAACAUAUUCAAUUUUUUGGCUAGAUCGUUUAGUAAACGAAGCAAAAGAAUAUGUUGACGCUCAACAACGACUUCGUGCAUCUAUCAAUUACAUAAAAACAUUUAAGAAUAUUGAAGACUGCGAGGAAUUUAUUCAUUAUGUACCUCAACAAGAUCGAAUUAUUUUAAUUAUCAACAGUCAAUUAGGUCAAGAACUGAUACCACGUAUUCAUUCACUUCGGCAAAUAUUUUCAAUUUAUAUUUAUAACAAUGAUAAUAAACGAGGUGGCCAUUGGACUAAAGAAUUUAAAAAGGUCAAAGCAUCAUGCUCACAAUUAGAUGUUUUAGUUGCUCAAAUUAAAUCGGAUCGAGCUCGAAGAAGUCAUAGUAAGAUAGAUGAACCAUUAGCAUUAAAUAUAUUCGAUACUAAUCUUACUUAUCAACUUAAUAAUCAAUUUAUUCGUUCACAUUUACUUCUUGAUUGUCUAUUUCGAAUGAAAGAUUCUUCAUCUGACAUGGAGAGAUUUAUUUAUUUAUGUGAAGAAGAAUACAAAGAUAAUAAAUCAGAAUUGGCAGUUAUUCGUGAAUUUCAACAAAAUUAUUCAUCUGCGCGUACUUUACGAUGGUAUACACGACAAUCGUUUCUUUUUAGAAUCUUAAGUAAAGCUUUACGAGUGCAAAAUGUUGAUGUACUUUUUCUAUUACGUUUCUUUAUUUUUGAUAUUCAACAACAACUUACAAAAAAUCAAUGUGCACAACCUAUUCGUGUUUAUCGUGCUCAAUUGAUAACACACGAUGAAUUACAAGUAUUUAAACGUGCAAUUGGUGGUUUUAUUAUGAUAAAUACAUUUCUUUCGACUACGAUUGAUCGAGAAGCAUCAUUAGCAUUUCUUGAUAGUAUGGAUAAUUCUGAUGAAUUCGAAAUGCAGAGAGUAUUAUUUGAAAUUGAUGCUGAUCCUCGUCUUGAAGAUAUAAAACCAUUUGCUAAUAUUAUUUGGCUUAGUUAUUGUUUUGGUCAGCAAGAAAUCUUAAUGAUGGUUGGUUCAAUUUUUCAAAUUACAGAAAUUCAACAUGACGAAAGUCAACUAUGUAUUAUUCGAUUGGUUUUAUGCACUGAACAUAAUAGUGAUUUAAAGAAUGCUUUAAAAUAUCUUUCAAGAGAAAAUGAUGGUAAAGAAAUGGAUCUUUUUACAUUCGGUCAAAUCCUACGUGAAAUGAGAAGUCUUGAUGAUGCAAAAAAAUUUUAUCUUCGUUUACUUGAUGAUCUACCCACUGACGAUCAAGAUCUUGCUGCUUGUUAUCGUGCGCUUGGUCAUGUUGCUGCUGAUAAAGGUGAUUGUGAUUUAAGUCUUGAAUGGUAUGAAAAAUUACAUGAAUUAUUAUCACGAACAUUGCCAUCUGAUGAUGUUCGUAUUGCCGACAGUCAUAAUAUUAUUGGCAAUAUUUAUCGAAAAAAAGAUGAUUUAAAACAUGCACUCGAUUCAUACAACAAAGCAUUGGCUAUAUAUAAACAGGUGUACGAUGAUAAUCAUUUAGUUAUAGCAGAAUGUUUGGAUAAGAUUGGUGGUGUAUUUGAGAAAGAAAAAAAAUUUUUUCAAGCACUUAAUUAUUAUGAAAAAUCGUUGGGUAUAUGUCAAAAAUCUCUUCCAGCUGAUCAUCCAGAUUUAGGAGCAGCACAUAGCAAAGUUGCUCAUAUUCGUCUAUUACUCUGUCAUUAUUACUUAGCAUUGGGUCAUUAUAAUAUUUCACUUAAAAUUAAAUUAAAUUCUCUUCCACCUGAACAUUUGGAUAUUGCAUUAGAUUAUCGUGGGAUGGGUGAUACCUAUAAAGCUAGAGGUGAAUUAACUCAAUCAUUAGCAUAUUAUGAAAAAGCAGCUGAAAUUUAUCGUAAUCAACUACCUGCUACACAUCCUGACGUGGUUGAUAUAGAGCGAACUAUUCGAUUUCUUACUGCUCCACAUAAAUAA